AUUUACAGGCGCUGCUGACUUAGCAUCCGGUUGCCAUGGUAACAGAUAUUACGUAACGCAACUUGUGUGGGAGGAUCCACUUCCGGGUACGCUGUCAGCAGCGCCGCUCUGGGUUUCUGAGGGUUUAAAAACUGGAUCUAUACAUCAGACAUCUACCACCACCUCUACUUAAUUGGAAGUUUUUUUAAAUGUUGCAUUUGAAUUAUUUAAACAUGAAGACCCAAUUUCAUUGGACAGUGCAGUUUGUCUUUCUAAUUUUUAUCCACUCAGCCUCCAGCAUGGGAUAUUGCCCACCCCAAUGUGUCUGUGAGACCAGACCUUGGUUUACUCCACAGUCUGUCUACCACGAAGCAAAGACAGUUGACUGUAAUGACCUACUACUCACUCAUGUACCUGAAAACCUUUCCACAGACACGCAAGUUUUAUUGCUUCAAAGUAAUAAGAUUUCACACCUGGGGUUGGAACUUCAAGAACUGGUUAACUUAACUGAGCUGGAUCUCUCUCAAAAUCAUUUUCAAAGCAUUGAGGAUUUGGGUGUAUCCAAUCUCUUGCAUCUUAUCACCUUAUAUCUAGAGGAGAAUCAACUUACUGAACUUCCAGACAACUGUCUAAAGGAGUUGGAGAGCCUGGAAGAGCUGUAUAUUAAUCAUAACCAGAUAAGUUAUAUUGGUCCACGUGCUUUUUCUGGUCUAGGAAGGUUAUUGAGACUUCAUCUAAAUGCCAAUCGUUUACGCCUCAUUGAUGCAAGUUGGUUUGAAGAUCUUCCAAAUCUAGAAAUCCUUAUGAUUGGAGAGAACCCUGUGGCUGCUCUUCAAAGCUUGAACUUUCAGCCACUGGGGAGAUUACACAGCCUUGUCCUAGCUGGGAUGGAGCUUGAACAUGUGCCAGAAAAUGCCUUUGUGGGACUGGAUUAUCUAGAGAGUCUCUCUUUUUUUGAUAAUCGAUUAACAGCAGUUCCAAAGGAGGCUCUGAGGAACCUCAGUCUUCUUAAAUUCUUAGAUCUUAACAAGAAUCCAAUUAGUAGAAUAAGAUCAGGGGAUUUUACAAAUAUGCCUCACCUUGAGGAACUUAGCCUGAAUUCAAUGGAAGAAAUGGAACGUGUUGAGGCUGAAGCCUUCAAGGACCUACCAGAGCUAAUAAAAUUGGAAAUUUGCAACAACCCCAGAUUAUCCUACCUAGACCCAGAUGCAUUUGCUUCUAAUGUGGGUGCUCUAAGGACUUUGCUCCUCAACAAUAAUCGUUUGCCAAUUGUGCCAGUAAAAAUAUUUCAGGCCUUACCAGGGUUAGCAGAGAUCAGUUUAUAUAGCAAUCCUCUUCGUUGUGACUGCCAGAAUAACUGGAAAGGACUGUCUAAUCUAAAACUGAUAGAAGCCCAAGCGACACUUUGUACCAGUCCACAGCUGGUCAGUGGACACCUUUUUCAAGAGAUUCAAGGGCAAGGAUGGUUGAAUAGAUGUCCACCACUAAUUGACACACAUUUGUUUGUUUCUCAGGUUCAUCUUUCCCAGCACCAGUUUGUAACCCUCACAUGCCAGGCAAGCGGUCAACCAAAGCCAGAAAUUUACUGGAUUACCCCUCAUGGAGAGAGAGUUACAGGAGCCAUUGGUAGAGUUCGUAUUAAUUCUGAAGGUUCACUUGAAAUUACAAAUGCUGUAGAGGAGGACUCAGGAUCAUAUAUGUGCCAGAUAUGGAACUCAGACGGAACAGACAGCAAGAGUGUUUUUCUUUACAUCAAUGGAACUGAGGAAAAAGAGCUAAUGUCUCUUCUCCUAGUAACUAAGAAGGUACAUUCCAACUUUGUUGUUGUUGAGUGGAAAAUUCUAGGGGGAGCAGUUUCUACAAAUGCCCUGGUGCCAAUCCAUUGGUCCUCAGCAACAAUGAGGAUACACAACCCUCACAUCAGUUACACAGCCAAGGUUCCACUUGAAAUACAAGAAUACAAUCUCACCCACCUCCAACCAUCAACUAAGUAUGAAGUGUGCCUCACCAUUUCUUCUGAUAUCCGACCAAGUUUAAAAUCAUGUCUCAAUGUGACCACAAAAGAUGCUUCCUUUUCCAUGGCAGUAGUAGGCAGACCAGUAAGCAUUGCCCUUUCAGCUGCUUUGGGUUCUCUUGUAGCUGGGCUAUGCAUGGCAGCAGUUAUUAUAUAUGCAGGGCGUCACCUUAAACACAAAAGCUGUGGACACUCUCUGAAGAAAUACAUGCAGAGGGCACCUUUCAUCCCACUCAAUGAGUUCUACCCACCACUUAUCAGUCUCUGGGAUGUAGAAAAGGAAGAUAUAGAAAAGGAAAAAGAAAGCAGUUUAGAGCAGCCAGUCCUGGUUCCUCCACAAGAGGCUAAGACGUUCCCCCUAGUAGCCCAGAUAGACACUUCAAAGACAUAUAUUUGGAAGCCUUAAAGAUGGCUUGAUUAUGUGCCAAUUUUGACAGUACUGAAAUAAUGAGGGUGUGUUUUAAAGAUCUUUAUAUGUAGACACCAUGUUGCAGUCUUAGAAUUCCUUGUCAGUGUAACAAGGUGGUAAAUUUAGCACAUCCUCCUCCAAACAAGUAUGGAAGAAGGAAGAACUGCAGGUUCAAGACAUACAUGUCUUUUUAUAUGUCACAGGCAGGCAGAUUUUAAUAAGAGACUUACCUGAUGGACUUCCAUGCAAGGCUCAUAGGGCACACGUGGAUUUUGUGUCUGUGAAAAUGAUAGGCAUCAAGGGCCUUAUCUGGAGAAGUUGAUGGAACAAUAUAUAUCAUGGACAACCCAGACUUUGGAGGAUGCUUAGAACAACUAUGUGUGGCAUUGCUAUAUCACCUGUCAUAUCAUGACAAUAAGUCAUAUACAUCUCACACCACAUCAACAAUAACAAAUGUGUAACGUGCAUCAAAAUCAUCUCAACUGUUGUAACAUACAUGCCACAAACAUUGUAAGUCAUGAGUUCUCAGGAUUUGGCAGAACCAAGCAGAUGUAGAGAUGACUAAUCAUGUGAAAGUAAGGUCUUGUGUCAUUGGGAAAUAAAGAAAUGUUAUUGUGUUCA